CACCGGAUUGUCUCUGAUAUAUCGAAUUCUGUGUACAAUGAUUUUUUUUCUUCCGUUGAUCUUUGCUCUGUCUUGUCUUGAUUCGUCCCGGAUUCCUGAUCAUCCGUUGCACCGGUCACUCAUGAUCAGCACCGGGGGUGUGUACUUUGAGGUAAUCUCUAAACACAAGGUCCUCAACUGCUCAGUGCGGUGCGAUUUCGGCCGAGGAAAGCCUGGCAAUCGGUCCAUCGACCCCAGCAACCACGCGAUUUAUGAAUCAGGGUCUGCUCCGAGGACGAAAAGCCGUACGGAUCGGCGAGAGAGCUUGAUGCCUGAUGACUGUACGCGGCAUAGCGUCUGCAAAACUAUGGCAACGAAAGGAUACACACGCCCCCUUUUCUAGAACGGUACGAAAGGCUGGCCCUAGCCAGGCUUGACUUGGGAAC